UCUGCAAAACUUCUCAUUCUUCACACCUGAUCAAUCUCAAUCUCUCGCUACCAACGUUUGCCGAAUCUCCACUUUCUUUUUCUAAUAUUUUUCCUGCCGCAAUUUGAUGUACACCAAUAAAACCCCAAUUUCUACCCCCUUCAACACAAACAUUUCUUCAAGAGGAUCAUUGCCUAACCCAGUAUUCUGUGUCGGCGUCCACAAAACAAGUCCCACAGAUAUGUGGAGAAACAUCGCCAAACAAAUUAGCUCAAGAGGCCCGCCCAACUACCGCCGCAAUUCCUCGCUCUCCUCCACUCAAAGCUUUCUAGCCUUCACCCAAGCUUCAGUUUUCCCCAAUUCCAGACGCAUAUGCCAGCUUAAUUCGCUCUCCCCCGAUGCUCUUCCGGUGGAGGGAUUUCAGAGAAACAGUGAUAUCAACUUCCAUGAUAUUAAAAUUCCGUCAUUUUCUGGAAGAAAUCAAUUGAAUUGUUACGGGUUGUGCGGGAGGACCUAUGCUAGCAUAGCUGAGGCGGUGGAGGCGGAGGUGGCAGCGUCGCAGACAGACAUAGAUGAGGAUAGUAGGGAUAGUAGUGCUGAUGUGCCUGUACCUAAUGAAGUUGAAGAAUUGUUGAAUGUGAUGAGGAAAGAGGAGAGGAGAGUGUAUGCGAAGAAAUGGAGGAACCAGAGAAAUAUGCGAAUGGGGAAUUUGAAGUACUAUGCCCUAAAGAAAAGGCAAGCGAAGAUUGAAACCGAGGCGUGGCAGCAGGCGGCGAAAGAAUAUGUGGAGCUCUUGAAUGAUAUGUGCAAGCAGAAAUUGGCUCCGAAUUUGCCUUAUAUGAAGUCUUUGUUUUUGGGAUGGUUUGAGCCUUUAAGGGAUAAGAUUGCGGAGGAGCAGGAGGUGAUUAGGAAUGGGAAGAGUAAGGCUGGCUAUGGGAAGUACUUCGUUCUCUUGCCUGCAGAUAUGAUGGCCGUUGUCACAAUGCAUAAGCUGAUGGGGUUGCUGAUGACUGGUGGAGACCAUGGCUGUGCACGAGUGGUGCAGGCUGCGUGUGCUAUAGGUGAUGCCAUUGAACAGGAGGUGAGGAUAAACUAUUUCCUUGAGAAAACAAAGAAGAGAAAGGCUGACAAGGCUGCAGCGAAGGCAGGAGAUGUAUCUUGUGCAAAUUCACCAGAAGAAGAAAAAUUACGGAAAAAAGUCACGACCUUGGUGAAAAAACAAAAUCUCCGAGCUGUGAGGCAAAUAGUGAAUAGACAAAUUGAGUCUCAGCCAUGGGGACAGGAUGCUAGAGCAAAGGUGGGGAGCCGGCUCAUUGAAUUGAUAAUACAGACUGCGUAUAUUCAAGCCCCUGCCAAUCAGUUAGCAGAGGGUCCACCUGAUAUUCGACCUGCAUUUGUACAUACUAAUAGAACUGUAACAAAAGAAAAUACGAACUAUAGCAGAAGAUAUGGUGUUAUCGAAUGCGAUCCUAUUAUUCGUAAAGGUCUUGAAAGAACAGCUAAGCACAUGGUUAUCCCAUAUAUGCCGAUGCUAGUGCGUCCAGUCAAGUGGACAAGGCAUGACAAAGGUGCAUAUUUAUAUCUGCCAUCAUAUGUGAUGCGCACUCAUGGAUCACGUCAGCAACGUGAAACAGUUAAGAGAGCUCCUACAAAACAAUUGAAACCAAUAUUCGAGGCAUUGGAUACUCUUGGAAACACCAAAUGGAGAGUGAACAAGAGAAUUCUCAAUGUUAUUGAUAGAAUAUGGGCGAGUGGAGGUCGCCUUGCAGACUUAGUUGAUCGCAACGAUACUCCUCUGCCAGAGGAGCCAGAUACAGAAGAUGAAACAUUAAUUAAGAAGUGGAAAUGGAAAGUUAAAGCUAUCAAGAAAGAGAACAGUGAGAGACACUCACAGCGUUGUGAUACAGAGCUUAAACUCGCCGUUGCAAGAAAAUUGAAAGAGGAAGAAGGCUUCUUUUACCCCCACAACCUUGAUUUUCGUGGUCGUGCAUACCCCAUGCACCCACACUUGAAUCAUUUGGGUUCCGAUAUUUGUAGGGGAAUCCUAGAGUUUGCAGACGGUCGACCUCUUGGAAAGUCAGGCUUGCGAUGGCUUAAGAUACACUUGGCAAAUUUGUUUGCCAAUGGUGUGGACAAAAUGUCUCAUGAUGGUCGAAUAGCUUUUACUGAGAACCAUUUGGACGACAUAUUUGAUUCUGCAGAUAGGCCACUUGAAGGAGAGCGUUGGUGGCUCAAAGCAGAAGAUCCCUUUCAAUGUUUAGCAGCGUGCAUUAAUCUUGCUGAGGCCCUUAGAAGUCCAUCUCCUGAAACAAUAAUAUCUCAUAUUCCAAUCCACCAAGAUGGUUCUUGCAAUGGUUUACAGCAUUAUGCUGCCCUUGGAAGGGAUAAGCUAGGGGCAGCUGCUGUUAACUUGGUUAAUGGAGAAAAGCCCGCAGAUGUUUACUCAGGAAUUGCUUCCAGGGUCCUUGAUAUCAUGAAGGAAGAUGCAAAGAAGGAUCCUGCUAAAUAUCCUGAAGCUUUGCAUGCAAGAUUACUGGUCAAUCAGGUGGAUAGGAAGCUGGUCAAACAGACCGUGAUGACAUCAGUGUAUGGUGUAACUUACAUUGGUGCCCGAGAUCAAAUUAAGAGAAGAUUAAAGGAACGCGAUCCCAUUGGGGACGAUGCAGAAAUAUUUGGUGCAGCUUGUUAUGCAGCAAAGGUUACAUUAACUGCAUUAGGUCAGAUGUUUGAAGCUGCGAGGAGCAUCAUGAGCUGGCUAGGAGAAUGUGCAAAGGUUAUCGCAUCAGAAAACGAGUCUGUCCGUUGGACAACUCCACUUGGACUCCCUGUGGUUCAGCCUUACCGUAAAGUAGGGAGGCAUUUUAUUAAAACUUCUCUGCAGGUUUUGACUCUCCAGCGUGAGACAGAAAAGGUGAUGGUUAAGAGGCAGAGAACAGCUUUUCCUCCAAACUUCGUUCAUUCCCUAGAUGGAUCCCACAUGAUGAUGACUGCUAUUGCAUGCAGGAAAGCAGGAUUGGAUUUUGCAGGUGUUCACGAUUCAUAUUGGACGCAUGCAUGUGAUGUUGAUGUGAUGAACAGAAUAUUAAGAGAGAAAUUCGUUGAGCUAUAUGAAACCCAAGUCCUCGAGAAUUUGUUGGAGAGCUUUGAACAGUCCUUCCCUUCAUUGACUUUCCCUCCAUUGCCUGAGCGGGGUGACUUUGAUCUCCGAGAAGUGUUGGAUUCCGAGUAUUUCUUCAACUAAAUCGAGCAAUUCUGGUUGUCGGAGCAGCAUCCAUGAUGAACGGGCUUUCGUUGUGCGUUUGUAGCAGUUGAUAGCUUGAGUUUAGUAGGGACAGAGGCCAGCGACUCUAUGCACUUACAAGCACAAGAAGGUUUCCUUGAUGCAUCUUAAGUGACCACAUUUUUGUUCUUUCGGAGUUUCAAGAAUUCAUGUACAGUUCGCAGAGAGAAUUCUACAAAGCGAAGAGGUGGUACAAGGGCUGAGAUAGCUUCUCCACUUAAGAUUAUUGUAGCAGAAUCCAUAAUCUUAAUUUUUCUUUGGAAGGAGCUGACAAAACAUGCUGAUAUUAUCUGGUCCACUGUCCCUAAAGGGAUACUUGUAGAUUGUACAUAUGAUUAGAUUUUAAAGGAAUGUAGUUGUAUAUAUGUUACUGA